GAGAAGGAUUGCAGAAAGGAAGCUAGGAGUUCCUCAACUCACCUUUGGUUCACAUCUCAGCACUUGCUCCUCCGCAAGAAAAACAAACGCAAUGGACCCCGCAGGAUCCGCAGACGGAAAGAAGGGACCCCCCAAGUUCAAGCAGAGGGCGGCCCGCACCUUCAAGAGCAAGGCCCCCAAGCCUGGCCAGAAAGGGUUUGGUGAUGACAUUCCUGGAAUGGAGGGCCUGGGCACAGACUUCACAGUGGUCUGCCCAUGGGAGGCAUUUGGCGACAUGGAGCUCAGUGACCUGGCUAAAUACGGAAUUGUAUAAUUCCACCCCAUCCUUCCCUGCUCUGUCUCCCUACGCUUUACCGUACCUACCUCUCCUCCAGACGGAUCCCUCAGCUGGCGUUGUGACGCACGAGUGUGCACUUGCAUCGGUUAUGGAACAGCGGUUUCAGCUAUGCAAUUUAGGCUUCUGCUUUGGUCCUGAAGAGGAAAGUCAAUUUCCCCAAAGACACGACACUGAACUCUAGUCCAAACGUCUGAGCAAAUGCUGCAGCUUGUGCUAAGAGGGCUACUGGACACUAUCUUGUGAGGGUAUCUCAAAUUGUAUU